AUGCCAACGUCGUGUUUGAAGGAGCACCCAAGGAUGAAGGACGUAGGCGUGAAGAUGACCUACAGGAGCUGGGACGGGACAUACCCGGCGCCUCCAGGCGCCACCGUCUCAUUCACUUGCCCUGCAGGGUUCACGGACGGGUCAUAUGAGCACUACGCAACCUGCUCCCUCCAGCCGUACGAUGCCUGGGAUGCUUCGUUUCGGGAUGAUGACGAGCUGUGUCCAGCGGCUGUUUAUCCUGACUGCCGACUAUCGGAGAAGGGGAUGGAGUACGUCGGGAAAACGAACGUGACCGAGACAGGGAAGCCAUGCCUCAGGUGGGACUCCGAGAGAGUGACUUCUUCGUACAAAUCCCUGGAUGCAGGGUUCGAUGAAGUCUUGUUCUUCGAGGAGCACUUCAUAAACCUGGACACGUCCUCCCACGAAAACUUCUGUCGGAACCCGACUGGAUUGGCCAGGCCCUGGUGCUUUAUCGACGAUGAUGGCUUCAAGAUGACAUUUUGUCGAAUUCCUCUCUGCAAUGACUUCAGCGUGCCGGAAUGCAAAGUGAGCCAGAAGGGAGGGGAAUACGUGGGCGUGAAGGACAAGACCAUCUCCGGCUUCGACUGCAUUCCGUGGCUGGAUGUGGACAGUGGCGACACGGAUAGGAACUAUUGGCUCCUCAAGGGAUCUUUCUCGGAUGAACUCACCGACACUCACAAUUUCUGCCGCAACCCGAACGGGAACCCGGGUGGUCCUUGGUGCAACAUCAGAGAUUCCCGAAAGCCCCACCUGAAGUGGGAGUAUUGCGACGUGCAUUUUUGCGCUUUCGGCGAGUCGGAAGAAACCAGCGUCCAGUCUGGAGACCGAUACGGGUCCAAGCCAGCGGAAUGCAAACAAACGAAGGACGGACGAGAGUACUCGGGGUUGAAGAACGUGACACGGUCGGGGAAGAAGUGCCAGCCCUGGCUGAGCCAAACGCCAAACGAGCACUCGACCAUGCUCUACCUGCCGGCAUUCCCCGAUCCAGACAUGGACGGUCGUCACAACUACUGUCGCAACCCCGACCUCGAAAAGGAGGCACCUUGGUGUUACAAUGGAGAGGGCACCAAUCCUGAAUGGGAAUAUUGCGACAUUCAGUUUUGCGAGGGGAUGAAUUGA